AGAUUCGAUUUGCAAUAUCCCCCUCAAAUAUAAACUACCAAGGAAUUAUCAGAAAUGAUUAUAUGUCAAGGAAAGAGAUGAAAAAUGUAGAAUAAGUACUUCUACUUCCACUUUAAUAUAACUACUCCACUUUCAGCAAAAAGACUUAGUCUACUUUCAUGUAUUUUAUUUGUAAUAUCUUAAUUUUAGUCUGGUCAUAUUUGUUAUUCCUUCGCUUUGAUCAAGAUGAAUCCGACAAUAAAAAAUAAUUGACUCAAACCAAUAAAAAUUCAACGAUAAUAUAAAUAACCUAGAUAAUUAAAGUCGUUUGCCUUCCCUCCAAAAUAUCUCUCUCUCUCUCUCUCAAGAUCAAGACACGAACUUGGGAUGAAAACAGUAAUGGCGGAAGAAGAAAAUCAAGAUAUUCAGAACCCACGACAAGACGACCGAUGGGAGGAAAGAACCCUCAACCUCCUCCACCACUCCAAGAUCGACCAACGUCUCUCUCUCUCUCUGUGACCAAGUUUCGAUUGAUGAAUUUAGCAUGACAAAUUUCCUGAAUUUCUUAUUCAGAUUUCGUGAGAACUAAAAAAAAACACAAAGAAAGAAGCACAAGGUACGAUGGAUGGUGGAGAAUCCAAUGGCGAUUCCUCAAGCGAUUCUUGAGCUUCAACACCCAUCCAUGAGAGAAUCUGCUCUCCGCUGCCUCAGCGAUUUUCUCAACUGGGAAAGAGAAGAAGACCGUGAAAAUUACGACUGGACGGCGUUCUUCUUGUUUAAUUCUUGCAGCACUAUGUCCGUUCUACUUCAGGAAGUUUUAGCCUUUUCCCAAUUGUCAGUAGAUGGAACUCCGACGGUGAGAGCCUCUAAGCGUGUUGUGAAUGUGUUCACGCUAUUUCAUUGUAUUGCGUCAAGCAAACAAACGAGAUAUAAGUUUGUGAAGUCUUUUAUCCCCAAUUUUGUUGUACCACUGAUACAGUUUGAAAUCCCCUUGGAUAAUUACGAAGAUGUUCAAGCUGUGGCCCUCUCUGUGAUUGGUAUUCUAUGCCAGGUACUUCCCUUUUGA